UCUUUCUUCAUUCCGCAUCUCACCACCACCGCCGCCGAAUACGCUCGCCAUCGCCCGCCACCGCGCACCGAAUCUUCCACAAACUUAUUCGAUUCGCGAUCGCUCUACGUUAAACGAAACCUCCGUUCCGUCAACAAUUUCCUCCACAGAUCGUCAGAAUGGCUUCAGGAGCUUACGACCCGUUCCAACCCAAGGGGCAGGGCUCGCAGGGCGCGCCCGAUGCGCCGGGCGGCCCGAACCAUGGCGUGAACGACAUUCAGAGGGAUAUCGAUGACGUUAUCCAAGUGGCACGCGAGAAUAUAAUGAAGGUCGACGAUCGUGGCGACCGUUUGACCACGCUGCGAGACAAGUCGGACGGCCUGCAAACCGAGGCCCGACAUUUCAACGACCGCGCCGGCAAGGUCCGGAGGAAGAUGUGGUGGAAGGACAUGAAAAUGCGCAUCUGGAUUGGUGUCGGCAUUAUUGUCCUUCUCGCCAUCAUCAUCAUCCCAGCUGUUGUUACUACGCGGGGGAACUAAUUCGACGAUAACCAUGACGACUCGAUAUCCAGCGGGAAUGAUCGGCGCUUAUUUUCAUUUUCACUUUCUGGGAGUUUGUUUUCUGGUUUCGCGUCUUCAUUCCGCUGGCCGCGCUGGCUG